CGCCUCCGCCACCGCCGCCGCUGCUGCUGCUGCGGUCGCUAGCGCGGCGCGCAGGGCAGGCGGAGGCUGGGGAGUGGACGCGCUCGUGCCUCCCCCGCCGGCGCUUCGGGCUUCCCCUCGGCCGCUUCCCGCGGGAACCUCUCCGGCCGUCCACCUGAAGGGCACCGACAUCAUGGUCUAACGUGGCACCUGCCUGGAUUCCCCUCUUCCUCCUGUUCUUCCUACCUCCUAGUCCUUCCCUCCUCCUCCUCCAAGGACCCUCGCGCCCACUCCACUGCGGACCCCUGAACACUUUAAGGAAUAACCCUUGGCAGCUGCACGGCUCACGAUCUCCAAAACCCCAUGGGCAGUUUCUCCCGCCGGCGAUGAUGGAGAACCUAAUAAGGGGAAGGAAUCCCCCCCAAUAUCAGAGAAGUCCUUGUAAAGAAGUUCGUGCAGCACUUCGUAAGAGACCUGAAGAGGAGUUGCAGUGCCUGGAGAUGACCACCAAACGGAAAAUCAUCGGCCGCCUCGUGCCGUGCCGAUGUUUCCGAGGUGAAGAAGAAAUCAUCUCAGUUUUAGAUUACUCCCAUUGCAGUCUUCAGCAGGUGCCAAAGGAGGUCUUUAACUUUGAACGGACAUUAGAGGAGCUUUAUCUAGAUGCCAAUCAAAUUGAAGAACUACCCAAGCAAUUGUUCAACUGUCAAGCUCUACGAAAACUAAGUAUUCCUGACAAUGACCUUUCAAAUCUGCCAACCACUAUUGCUAGUUUAGUUAAUCUUAAAGAACUCGACAUCAGUAAAAAUGGUGUGCAAGAAUUUCCAGAAAACAUAAAGUGCUGUAAGUGUUUAACAAUUAUUGAAGCCAGUGUCAAUCCCAUUUCUAAACUCCCUGAUGGCUUCACGCAGCUUCUAAACUUGACCCAGCUCUAUCUGAAUGACGCCUUUCUUGAAUUUCUUCCAGCCAAUUUUGGAAGGCUGGUGAAGCUCAUUUGGGUGGAAUUGAGACAUCAACAUAUGAAUUUGCUGCCAAAGUCAAUGCACAAACUGGCCCAGUUGGAAAGACUUGACCUAGGCAAUAAUGAAUUCAGCGAGCUGCCUGAAGUUGUGGAUCAAAUACAAAACUUAAGGGAGUUAUGGAUGGAUAAUAAUGCAUUACAAGUGCUACCUGGGUCUAUAGGGAAGUUAAAGAUGUUGGUAUACCUGGAUAUGUCAAAAAACAGAAUAGAAACGGUCGACAUGGAUAUUUCUGGAUGUGAAGCCCUCGAGGACCUCUUGCUAUCAUCCAAUAUGUUGCAACAGUUACCUGACUCAAUCGGACUGUUGAAAAAACUAACUACUCUAAAAGUAGAUGACAAUCAACUUACACUGCUACCCAAUACAAUCGGAAAUUUAUCUUUAUUAGAAGAAUUUGACUGUAGCUGUAAUGAACUGGAGUCGCUACCGUCUACUAUUGGCUACCUUCAUAGUCUUCGUACAUUAGCAGUCGAUGAGAAUUUCCUUCCAGAAUUACCCAGAGAAAUUGGAAGUUGUAAGAAUGUAACAGUCAUGUCUCUACGCUCCAAUAAACUGGAAUUUCUUCCUGAAGAGAUUGGACAGAUGCAGAAACUAAGAGUCUUAAAUCUGAGUGACAACAGAUUGAAGAACUUACCAUUCUCAUUUACCAAACUUAAAGAGCUUGCAGCUUUAUGGCUUUCUGACAAUCAGUCCAAAGCCCUUAUCCCUUUACAAACUGAAGCCCAUCCAGAAACAAAGCAAAGAGUGUUGACUAACUACAUGUUUCCCCAGCAACCUCGUGGUGAUGAAGAUUUCCAGUCAGACAGUGACAGCUUUAAUCCUACACUGUGGGAAGAGCAGAGACAACAACGCAUGACUGUUGCCUUUGAAUUUGAAGACAAAAAAGAAGAUGAUGAAAAUGCUGGGAAAGUUAAGGAUCUCUCCUGCCAAGCCCCCUGGGAAAGGGGCCAGCGUGGGAUUACUCUCCAACCUGCCAGACUGUCUGGCGAUUGCUGCACACCAUGGGCCAGGUGUGAUCAGCAGAUCCAAGAUAUGCCCGUCCCCCAGAAUGACCCACAGCUGGCAUGGGGUUGUAUAAGUGGCCUCCAGCAGGAAAGGAGCAUGUGUACUCCAUUGCCAGUUGCAGCACAAUCCACCACUCUUCCCUCUCUAAGUGGCAGACAGGAUUCUUUUGUUCAUCCAGCUAAUGAAAUGAGGAUUGGGGAACUUCACCCUUCAUUAGCUGAGACCCCUCUGUAUCCACCCAAACUUGUUCUGCUAGGGAAGGACAAAAAAGAAUCAACUGAUGAGUCUGAAGUUGACAAAACUCACUGUCUGAAUAACAGUGUUUCCUCAGGCACUUACUCAGACUACUCGCCUUCCCAGGCCUCCUCAGGAUCCUCUAACACCCGGGUUAAAAUGGGGUCCUUGCAGACAACAGCUAAAGAUGCAGUACAUAAUUCUUUGUGGGGUAACAGGAUUGCACCACCUUUCCCACAGCCUCUUGACGCAAAGCCAUUACUCAGCCAGCGGGAGGCUGUUCCCCAAGGGAAUCUACCACAGCGCCCUGACAGGCUGCCAAUGGGUGAUGCUUUCACUGACAACUGGACUGAUGGCUCACAUUAUGACAACACUGGGUUUGUUGCUGAGGAAACCACAGCAGAGAAUGCCAACAAUAAUCCUCUCUUAAAUUCGAAAUCUAGAAGCUCAUCUUCUCAUGGACGCAGGCCUUUGAUCAGGCAGGAUAGGAUUGUUGGUGUUCCCCUGGAACUUGAGCAGUCUACACACAGACACACACCAGAAACAGAAGUGCCUCCUUCUAAUCCUUGGCAGAAUUGGACCAGAACCCCUAGUCCUUUUGAAGACAGGACAGCUUUUCCUUCCAAAUUAGAGACAACCCCCACUACCAGCCCCUUGCCUGAAAGGAAAGAACAUAUCAAAGAAUCUACUGAAAUACCUAGUCCUUUUUCUCCAGGAGUACCAUGGGAGUAUCAUGAUUCCAAUCCCAACAGGAGUCUUAGUAAUGUCUUUUCUCAAAUCCACUGCCACCCAGAAUCUUCUAAAGGUGUUAUUUCAAUUAGCAAAAGCACAGAGAGGCUUUCCCCACUAAUGAAAGAUAUAAAGUCCAAUAAAUUCAAAAAGUCACAGAGUAUCGAUGAGAUUGACAUUGGUACAUACAAGGUUUAUAAUAUACCAUUAGAAAACUAUGCUUCUGGGAGUGAUCACUUGGGAAGCCACGAACGACCAGAUAAAAUGUUGGGACCAGAGCACGGUAUGUCCAGUAUGUCUCGAAGCCAAUCGGUCCCAAUGCUGGAUGACGAGAUGCUCACUUAUGGAAGUAGUAAAGGGCCACAACAACAAAAAGCAUCUAUGACAAAAAAAGUCUAUCAGUUUGACCAAAGCUUCAAUCCUCAAGGAAUGGUGGAAGUGAAAGCUGAUAAGAGGAUACCACCCUCUUUUCAACACAAUUCGGAGUAUGUGCAGCAGCCCGGCAAAAACAUGACCAAGGAUUUGAUUAGCCCUAGAGCGUACAGAGGAUACCCACCAAUGGAGCAAAUGUUUUCAUUUUCGCAGCCAUCGGUGAAUGAGGAUGCUGUGGUGAACGCCCAGUUCGCAAGCCAAGGGGCAAGGGCAGGCUUCUUGAGAAGGGCCGACUCCCUGGUGAGCUCCACAGAAAUGGCCAUGUUUAGAAGGGUCAGUGAGCACGAGCUGCCCCCGACUGAUAGGUACGGCAGACCUCCGUAUAGGGGAGGGCUGGAUCGCCAAAGCAGCGUUUCAGUGACUGAGUCCCAGUUCCUGAAAAGGAAUGGCAGGUAUGAAGAUGAACACCCUUCAUAUCAAGAAGUGAAAGCUCAGGCGGGAAGUUUUCCAGUUAAAAACCUAACCCAGAGGAGGCCACUGUCUGCAAGAAGCUACAGUACAGAGAGUUACGGUGCCUCCCAAACCAGGCCAGUUUCAGCUAGGCCUACUAUGGCAGCUCUUUUGGAAAAAAUACCGUCUGACUAUAACUUGGGUAACUAUGGUGACAAGCCAUCAGAUAACAGUGAUAUAAAGACGAGGCCUACUCCUGUGAAGGGAGAGGAGAGCUGUGGUAAAAUGCCUGCAGACUGGAGACAACAGCUGCUUAGACAUAUAGAAGCUAGAAGGUUAGACAGGAAUGCUGCUUACAAACACAACACAGUUAACCUUGGCAUGCUGCCCUAUGGAGGUAUUUCAGCAAUGCAUGCAGGCAGAAGCAUGACUUUAAACUUGCAGACUAAGUCUAAAUUUGAUCAUCAAGAACUACCUCUUCAGAAAACCCCGUCCCAGCAAAGCAACAUUUUAGACAAUGGACAAGAAGAUGUAUCUCCUAGUGGCCAAUGGAAUCCUUAUCCACUUGGGAGGCGGGAUGUACCUCCGGACACCAUUACUAAAAAGGCAGGCAGUCACAUCCAGACUUUGAUGGGGUCCCAAAGCCUUCAGCAUCGCAGCCGGGAGCAGCAGCCAUAUGAAGGAAAUAUAAACAAAGUGACCAUCCAGCAAUUUCAGUCACCAUUGCCUAUUCAGAUCCCCUCUUCACAGGCCACCCGGGGACCUCAGCCUGGACGGUGCUUAAUUCAAACUAAAGGGCAAAGGAGUAUGGAUGGAUAUCCAGAACAGUUUUGUGUGAGAAUAGAAAAGAAUCCUGGUCUUGGAUUUAGUAUCAGUGGUGGAAUUAGUGGACAAGGAAAUCCAUUCAAACCUUCUGACAAGGGUAUCUUUGUUACUAGGGUUCAACCUGAUGGGCCAGCAUCAAACCUACUGCAGCCUGGUGAUAAGAUUCUUCAGGCAAAUGGACACAGUUUUGUACAUAUGGAACAUGAAAAAGCUGUAUUACUACUGAAGAGUUUCCAGAACACAGUAGACCUAGUUAUUCAACGUGAGCUUACUGUCUAA